AACGGAGACGACGAGAUGGCGGGACUACUAGCUUGAGCCGCCGACGUCGUCGCUAAAAACGGAAGAGAUGGAAGCGACGAGAAGGAUCGGAUCCCGUUAGUGUUCACGGAUGAGCAGCAGAAACACGUCGAUGAGCUUGGCCGUAAAGCGACAACGCUCAGCCGUUCGAUCCAAGAUCUGCGGCUCAGAUUGCCACCGCCGGAUAUCUCCCAGCGGCUGCCUCACCUUCAUGCUCACUCGUUAGCCUCCAAUGCAGCUCUCACUCUUCAGCUUGAUUCCCACUCCGCCACUCGUGAACAGGCACAAGUGAGAGAGCAGACGUUGCUAGAAGAGAAUAGUGCAUAUGAGAAUGCGAUAUCAAUCUGUGAGGCAAAGAUAGAAGAGAAAAAGGACGAAGUUGAUUCUCUUCUUAGAAAGUUGAAGGAGCUUGAAGAUGUUGAGGUGAGCUUGAAAGCCGAGAAAGAAGCUUCUCUAGAUGAAAAGCAUUCCAAAGGCUCUGGUGAAUCUGUUAUUCAGUCUGAUGGGAAUGGUAUAGAUGGAGCUGGUACAGAGGCCAUGAAGUCUGUUAUGUUACAGAAGUUGGAGAGCAAAAAGAACGAUUUGAGUUCAAUGGAAGAGAAGGUUCAGGAGUUAGAGAGGAGUUGGGCUGUUAUCCAGGAAAGAGCACUCAAGCUGCCUUCUCCAGCUCAGAGAGAGAAGACACUGGAUAAACAACUCCAUACUCUAAUCGAGCAAUUAGCUGCAAAGCAGGCACAAGCAGAGGGGAUCGUUGGUGAGAUUCAUUCGAAUGAGAUGGAAUUAGAGAGACUGAACACUUUGUGGAGAAGAUAUGAGAGCUUCAACGUUGAGGGGAACGCAGCAAGGAACAGAUUCAAAAGAACAAAUUCAGAUAGAGGAUUUGGAUCAGACCAUGAAGUUGAUGCUCACUCCUACCUUCCAUAUUCAACUGCUACAAGAACUGAGACCCAAACAAGGCUUAUGUAUCUCAGGUCAGCUUUUGUCGUCUACAUUUUGGCUCUGCAAGUCCUUGUUUUCAUCAAGAUUUCCUUUUGAGGUAUCAUGUAUAAAAGAACUCUAUUGCGCUUUUAGUUUGCGCAAUGGAAUCAUAACACUGCAUAUAAAAUACAUAGCAAUCAAAUACUAAGACUCCUACAAUAAUCUUUCUUUACAAUUUUGUGUUGAUUUAAGAUAUUGGUCUCAUCUACUCAUUCUUGAGGGAUGGUUUCUA